CUUGCUAGUAGGAGUACUAGUUGCUGCGUACGAGAGAGGUUGCACGGGGAGGGACAGGGGGAUACCAAACCUUUGCCCGGCGUUGUGCUCCACCUCCACCUCCACCUCCACCGAGAAGAGAGCAAGUCCUCCUUGGUGGGGCAACGUUGCCGCCGGCCGACGCACAGACAAAUAAGGCCGUCGCAGUCGCCUCGCCUCGCCCCACCUGAUGCUGUUGCUUCUCUGCAGCGGCGUCUCCCGAGCCCGAUGUCCAACGCCGCCACGGGCGCCGGCCGCAACAACGGCGACGGCGAGCAUCCCAAUGGCGGUCACCCGCACUACCACCACCGGCAGCGGGAGCACCACUGGCGGCCCCCGCACCCGCACAGCAGCAGGGCGUACCGCUCGGGCGUGCUGCGGUGGGCGAUGGCGGUGCUGUUCACGGUGCUGGCCGUGCUAGUCCUGCUGGCGGCCGUCUCCGUGCUGCUGGUGGUGCUGGUGCUGCAGCCCCGGGCGCCGUACCUGGCCGUGCAGAAUGCGCGGCUGGGGAACCUGGUGUACGACCAGCAGGGGGUGCUGGACAACGCGGAGCUGGAGCUGGACGUGCGCGCCGCCAACGUCAACGCCCACGCCGCCGUGGCCUUCUCGGAGCUCGAGCUGCGGCUGAGCUUCCACGACAUGGUGAUCGCCAUCCUGCGCGCCGACCCCUUCGUGGUGCCGCCCAGGGGCGAGCGCCCGCUGGGCUACGUGGCGUCCUCGGAGGCGGUGCCGCUGGACGGCGCCGGGCGCGCCGCCAUGGAGGGCGCGCUGGACCGCGGCGUGGUGCCGUUCCGGGUGAGCGGGCAGGCGCGGACGCGGUGGAAGGUGGGCGGGCUGGUGGCCGUCAAGUACUGGACGCGGCUGGCAUGCCAGAUCCGCUUCUUCUGGCCCAACGGCACAGCGCUCGACUUCACCUGCAACUCCAAGUCCAGGUCCCGCUACUGACAUCUCCACAUCGCCGUCAGAAGAGAAGAGCUAGCUCCUCUCUCCCCGGUCCAAUCCAAUCCAAAUGGCCACUACCUUUCUUGGCUUUGCUUACUAAUAUAUUUUCCGCAUGUAUGUACUGCAUAUAUUCGAAAACUAUAAAGAAAUAUAUUUGUACAA